ACCAUGCCUAUACAAUCUUCGAUCUCGCAAGCACUGCCAUACUGGCAGUGCAGCAGUCUAGUUAUAAUGCAACGCAUGUCCGAUGACGCCACCGCUAGCACUAUUUUUUCUGUCAUGUCCUUCCAUCCAGGUCUUAAGCCCUGUUAACUAGUUCACCAUAUACCUAGCGCAACCCUCCCUGUGGGCCGCCCGGUGUGACCAUCCAGUAAUCGUCAGCGCCAUCGUUUGCGCCCCCCACUCUAGAUUUUCUCUUUUUCUUAUUGGGAGCCUUUUUCCGCCCCUCCGCAUCCCGCUGCCAUCGCACCCAUCGGAUAGUUUUAACAAGACGAAAAGAAAGGUGGUGGUGGCAGUGGCAGCGGCGGCAGCGGUAACGACGAUGAUAAGCCCAUCUAACCCUCUAGCGUAGCCAACAGCCCAGCUUCCCACAGCGUUGACUAUUGCUGUUGCUACUGUUAUCGCUGCUCCAUCUUCAAUCAGCCGCAGCGCCCCCUCAGCGCGAACCUCACGGCACCACGCACCGCCGCUAACCACUGUGUAUGGCCCUUGGGCUCGUUAUCGUCGUACUGUCACAUCGUCACACCUACCUUCAUUUCGGAUUGACACCAGCCAGCUGGCGAAUCGCCCGUACUCCCUAUCCACCCAUAGACAAAAUCAUUUCGUCGCAGCCGUCGCCGCCAACUGUUGUGCCGCCAUCUUGUUUUCUUUUUUAACAGUAGCGGAAUAAGCGGUCGGAAGCGGGUAGCCGCCGUAGACUGUCAUAGUACCACAAGUUCAUUGAUGAUCGGAUUUUGGUUCGCUCUAUCUGCCACCGCUGAUGCCGAAGUCCUUGUUGUGUUCUUUUAGUGGCAGCGGCGGUGGCGGCGCUGUGCUGACUGCUCACUGAGUAGCGCAGCUGCCAUCGUGAGUGUGUAAGAGACAACUGCGUGUUUUCUCUUCUCCUUUUGUAUUGCUUUCGGUACUAUUCACGCUGAGCGCGAUGGGUGGUGGCUCCAACUGGUGCUAGCAGUGGCUUCAGCGGCCACUGUCUUUGAUGACGUUACUGUCUACUACUGUACUGCAUGGCUAUCCUAGCACAAAUAAACCGGUAGUAGCAACAGCGGCAAGGCCCACUGCCAAAGCCGUCUAUGGCCGAAGGCAACAGCAGCGGCAGCAAAAAUAGUAAAGGAUGCGAUACUACCAUUAUUUGUGUACGUCGCCAUAGCAGGAGCAGGCUGUAAACAGCACAGCACGAAAGUCUGUGAACGAAGGUUAUAGCGGAUAUGGCCGCCAUCAGCGACAGCAGAGCCACACCGUUAGCAGCGAAAACGGCGGCGGCGGCAGCGGCAGUAACCACAACAAAUCAACAGAAUCAGCAUCACCAGUGGUAAUAUUACAUUGUGUGUGUGUGCGUGUAGCUGCUGCUGCCAGAAGCUGGGCCAGGCAUUGCCACCGCCCGCUGCUGCUGCCGCCGAGGCACCAUUAGCGUCGACGGCUGAAGCAGCGGUCGUUUCCGUGAUAGUAGUUUUUGCUGUUGGUUUUCGCCACCAGAAUCACCAACAGUAGCAGCAGCAGGAGCUUAGAGAGCUAGCUAGAUGCUGUUGCUACAGAGUUGGCAGGCUGGAUGCUGCGGUGCUGUGCGUCGACUGCCACUAAACGACUGUAUUCUUAUAUCGCUAGUGUCGCUACAAGUCCGAUUUCGUACAACUGGUGCUGCCGCAGUAGCAGCACCAUUUAGCCGCUCGUACUGUUGUGCAGUGAGCAAUCUUCUACUGGCAGCAGACCAACCCAGCGACACCGAGUGUCUUCUGUGGCCCUGUUGUGAUACACCCGUCGCGGCGACCCCUUGCUCUCCCCCUCGUUCCCCUGUUGAGGACAGCCGCAGAGCACUCGCGACGACGACGACGACGACGACGACGACACCGACACCGACUCCUCUGAAAAACAACAGCAACGAAUCCACAGACGAACGACGAGAACAACAACGGCAACGACGACAAGGCAGGAAAAUAAAGUUACCACCGUUUUUGUUAUUUCUCCCGCACGUUCUUCUGCUACUACCGCAUAAACCGACAAAUAACGUCGGUGACUGUGACAACGUCGACUGAGGCAGCGCCCGCGGCCAAUUCCUGUUGUUGUUGUUGUUGAUGUUAUUGUUGUUGUUGCUGCCGCCGCCAGUAGGAGCAGUGGUCCUGAUAGUUAGUCAGUUAGUCAGUGGGGCUCACUGCUCGGCCUAACGGGGAUGUUCAUCCAUCCGUCCGUUCCAUCUUUACCAGUAACGUGAAUAUAGCGUCGUCGUCGUCGCUGUCGACGACAAGAACGGUGGCAGCAGCAGCACGGCCAACAAUGGUGAUGUGCUUUUCUUUGCGGUAGCCGUUGUUUCGAAUCGUUGAUAAUCACAUCCGUAUACCGGAGCUGUAUGCUCUGUUGUGUCGUUUCUGCUUUUAAUAUUACUGGUAGUAGCGACAACGGACUGUGCAGCGUAGAGGCCGAUCGCAUGGCUACGUUUUAAGGGUAACGACGGUGAUCAGACGACUAGUUUGUAAGUGCAGAAUCCGGGAAUAACAAGGUGAUCUUGCUGGUCAGACUGCCGGUUGUUCUGCCGAAUCGUAUUGCUUGGUUUGGUGAUGCGGUGCCGUCCUGCUGCUACUGCUGCUGCUGCUGCUGCUGCUGCUGCUACUACUACUACUACUGCUGCUGCUGCUGCUGCUGCUGCUGCUGUUGGUGGUGGUGGUGGUGCUGCUGCUGGUGGUAAUACCGUCUAGCUUUCUAGCGAGCUGUUUGCCUCGGCAGUCCACGUUCUCGAAUAGUUGUCCACUGUUUGUUCAGCGAGGUUAACAUGAACGACACUGACGAGCGUUGUCUGCUUGCGUAGAAAACGGAGGUGUUCGUAAAAGUAUGGAAUAACCAGUUUAGCACAGCCGCGGUGGUACUAGCGAGGACCGCCGCACUCGUUGCCUAAUUAAUGGUCAAGUGUGUUUUACUAGGGCGGGCUGUGUAGCAAGUGCAGCGGCGACCGCAGUUUCCAUCGGAGCGGUGAUCGCGUUCUUCAAACGCCGAGACGACGUUACGGUACGUUAACGUCCCAUAGCCUCUAAGCAGGUUCAGCAAUUCGAUGCUGCUGGCCCCGUGUUAAUAACCUGAUUUGCCAAAUCUAAUUCGUGUCUUUGUGUGUGUGUGUGUGUAAAUGUAAGUGUGUGAGAGCUGCUUUCAGAGCAAACCAGCUAUUCGUCUAGCAGGCGGUUGCUUUCAGCAAGCACCAUUGCGCAAUUAUAGCAGCAAGUGAAAUAGCUAUACAGCACGCUCAGCAUUAGUAUAUGUCGUCGCUCUGGCAACAUACAACAGAACCAAAGCUAAAGGUUUAUGACAGCAUCAGUGGCCUGGGCACUACCGGCCUGCUGUCGCUGUAGCGGUCCUUAGUUGCUGUGUUAAUUUUACUCAUCAACGACGUCGCUCGGUUACUGGCUGAAUCCUGCAGCUCGUCGCCGCUUCAUCAUCAACCCAUAAUAAGCAGCCAUUGAGCUUAACCGAGCGACGUCCGAUAGGUCGAUGGGUAGUUUACCUGGGUGCCCGGCUAUCGUAUAAUUGCUAAGAUGAUGAGCUCAUGAGUUGACACAUUUGUGUCAUUGAUCGUCGUCGAGUUGAUGCUAUUGACGCUGAGUUACCGUCGGUUCAGUGGGUCGCUGUUCAGAGUGUGUAUUGUAUGCUUCACCGUGUACUGCCAAAGCGUCGGGUGAAUCGUUUGCCUCGAGAAAGGUGAUAUUAGCCACCCGGUAACUUCAACGGCCCUUGCAGCCGGAUUAUCGUCAGCAGCAGGCGAAAUCGUACGAAUAACAAGAUCCUCAUCGCGCAGGACAAAUAGCAGUCACAACAACAACAAUCAUAAGAUAAGAAGAACGGCACCAAUAGCAAACGGAAGCCAUAGCAACAACUAACAACAGCAACAGCGCGUGUCAUUGUAUUGUUGGUAUAAUUUCGAAUUCAAACCAAAUAGAAACUACGCUUCGUCGCUGUAACGACCUUACUCGUAUCGACUUUAACUAGUGAAUGCUACUGCUAUCAUUGAAUGCUGAUCGAGUUGGCUGGGUGAAAGAAUUUUGCCCGGCCGUGCUUUUCUAAUCCAUUCAGCUGCAACCAGCACGUAUCGAAUAUAGAAAAACAGGCCAAAAAUCAGCCAUCCAAGCAAGCAACCAACCAAUGGCAGGAACGUAGAACAGGCUCACAUUAUUAUCCUCAGCUGUGAGAAGCAGUAGUUUCGAGUAGUCCGGUGAAGUGUUCGAUAUUUGUACGCGUGCGUGUGUGUGCUACCGAUUCCCGGGGUUUUAUCAUGGUGAUAAUGAUGACCACGUUUGUGAUUUGUUGCUAACCAACGUCGAAGGUGAGAAUCUCGGAUAGCAACUAGAUUCACGAGAGAAAUCGGAGAAACCGAUCAAAAAUCGCUUGUUUUUCGACGUUGUUGAGUCAACAGCAUCUCACUAACGAUUCACAAGAUCGUCUUGAGGUGUCUCUUAGUGUGUUCAUGUGUGGUAUAUUUUGCCUCCGCUGUUAACUUCGUCCGUGUCUGUGAGCUUGGCCAUGACUGCUGCGACAGCAGUCAAUAACAGUGGAUUGCAAUUACUACAGAAACGACAACGACAGGAUUCGCAUUAGGAAUUUGUUUCUGUCGUAGUUGUUGUUUUAGUAGUGACGAUUUUCACCACGUGCAUUGGAUAAUAAUCGUGCGGUUUUUUGGCCCUUUCCGACGUCGUGUCAACUAAACAAGGCCUUGCAGUGGCUCUCGGAUCAGAAAAGGUAAAAAGGUAGUCGUGGCCUUUUGUUCACUACUGACUAUCCCAGUCAGGAGGAUAUCAAAGCCAGCCAAGGGAAAAUCUCGACUUGUUUCUAGACAGCGGAAGGAGAGCAGGUUUCCGGGACACGGAGCCGAUCCCGGCUUCGAAGGGCGAUGCCUAUCAGUACCGGGUUGGUGUUUUGUGACAGCGCCUAGUGUGGUGGUCCAGGACUCCUUCCGAUGACCAUCAUUAGGUACAGAAGCACUUCCAAUCACGUUUCCUUUUUGCCUAAGAACGAGGCAAAUACAAAGGAAAGGCAAUCCACCGGGACGCUGCGGAAGCCCAAAUCAAUUUUGCCACAACCGACACCAUCUUGAGGUGCCAUUACGGGCAUCGUGACUCUCGAACAGAAGCUAUUUCCUCAAGCAACGGGAUUGCUGUACAUAAUUUUGGUAGGAGGCUCAGAGAAGCGAAAUUCUAUUAGGGUCACAAACAGAGGUCACGCUGCAAAGAAAAACGACGGGACGUAAGCUAGCCUCGAGCAGACGUCAGAAAGCUAUCGGCGGGAACAAAAAAACAAAGCAGAAUUCACCUACAGAUGGCUGCAGGCCCAGCAGAAGGCUAAACUGAGCGACGUUUAGCCGUAACUGCAACGACUGGAACUACAAAGUAGCUUUAACUAUUAUUCGACAAUAUGUAUGUAACAGCACAAAACAAUAAUAUUAAUUACAGUAAUUAACGAGAAGAUCAAUAGUAGUACUACUAAAAAGUUCUACCCUGGUUACAACAAGCGUGACCGGGAGUGUGUAUAGAGAAAGUAAACUUGCAACGGCGAAAUCGAGCGCAGAGACGCCGGAAAUCCAAAGCCAGCAAGUGCAUUUAUCAUUAUCAACAGCAGUAGCAUACGACGGGCAUAGAGGUCGUAGCGGCAAAAAAAAAAAGAGGGGCAGCUUAAAAGACAGCUGGGUCAUGCGUUGAAAAGUUGAUACUCAUGUUACGUAAUCUAGAUCUUUUCCGUUGAAGCGAGCUCCAAGAAGCUGAGGCCUGAUGACACAAUAAUUGUUGAAAAGCAAGCCGUUUGGAGAAUUCGUUUGCAUAGAGGAAAGAAAAACUACCCUGUUUAUAGCCUAAACUUUCACGGAGCCAAUUUUCAGACCACUGAAGACAACAAGCAAAAUCGUUUAUUAUUAGCUAGCGUUGAAAGUACUAUUUCAGCAACACUUAGACAAGUCACUGUCCAUACUUCACUUGACGUAGAAAUCUAAUAAUACAUUGAUCAGGAAUUACUGUGUGCGCGGAAAUUACGAAGGAUUCAAAUACCCUGUUUCUGGCGAGGAAACGUGAAACGGAAAGAAGAAAAGGCCACGGGAACGAAUCGGUUUGACCCAUAGAUGAGCGCACUGCUAAUGAAAUUACAGUUAAGAUCCGAGUCUGGAGUCCCGUCAUGAAGCUAGCGGUCAAACGGAACGCGCCAGUUAUAACAGGAGAACGCUAUUUAACAUUACCCGCUUAUAACUGUCCCUUGACGUGUGAGAGUGGUGUGCAGUUCGUAUGUCGUUAUAGUCAGUGUAGAUCUGGAUUACGGUGGUGCGGUGUCCAAUUCGUCCGGGGCGAUGCCGGUUACUGCCGCACAUCGGAGAAGGCUCUAGGAGACAACGGGAAGGUCUACUGCGUGAAAUUUUGAACACGCUUUGAGAAUUCGAAGAACUGCUGUCUGCCUGGAUUCCGUCGAACAUAGAAAGCGUAGAAUCGAGUACGGAAGCGAAGCUACGCAAAAGGAAGCUCGCUGUACGAGCUUCUCAGCUUGGAAUCGCGUCAUUCAGAAGAGGAUUCGCGCAAUCAUACUCCACCCCUUUCCCUGAAGUAAACCAGGGCUCGGUUUCCUUAAAAGAGCAUCUUGUCUGAGAGAGACUUAGCAGCAACUGCUACUCAACUGUAUGAUCGCCAGCACUGGCCGAAAGAGGAAAACCAACUGACAGAAAGUACAACGAGCGACCAAUUCGUUCUGCCGUUACUACAACAAUUAGACGGCAUUCGUAGCGCUACUGCUGAGAAUUGCACAAGCACAUGACAACGGAGUGGUAUCGCCGCCAUUACGAAAAUUGUGUUCCGCGCAACUUUCCUUUGGAAAAGGAAACCAAUGUGCCGAAGAAGAGAACAACAAUAGUGUGAAGCAAGAGCGGCACGCAACUUGUGGAUAGCGGUCUAGCAGUUAUCGUGCACAAACAUCAGUAGAAAAAGCAUUGUUAUUAUUAUUGCCUAGUGCGUUAUUGGAGGUGGUGAGUUCGCGCGCGGUUGGUUUACGCACCAAAAAUUUAUUUUCCAAGAAACAAGCCGAAUCAACCAGUUCAACAGGAGAAUCAUAAGCGUUCCACGUGGGAGAUAACAAGAGAAAAACUGUAAUAUCGCGGUAGGUCAUUAAGCUCGUCGAUCUCAACAGAGGUGAGGGACAAUUCUGACGACGUUUUUUCUUCAGCAAUCUCGUCCUCAUUGUGCCCUUCACCGUCGUUAUUUUAAUUACAGUUUCAUACUGGUGAACUUGUUGUGGCUGUCGCGAUGAGCGCGGUGCCCGGUAUCGUGCGGGCGGCGCCCGCGCCGCCCCCGCUACCGACGGUUUCUGAGUCCGAGCCACCGAUCCAUGCUGCCCCUGUGUCCACAUGUGGAGUAAGUGGGACUCGGGAGGUGUUAUCAGGCGGAGGCGGUGCAGUCUCAACCGGGGGCGGAACUGGAGCAGGCGGUCGCACCUCCGGAUCCGGCCGAUCCGGAUCAACACAACCGAGAUCGGAUGAGCCACAUAUUGGGAGGUACCGCCUGCUCAAAACGAUUGGCAAGGGCAACUUCGCGAAGGUAAAACUGGCCCGACAUUUGCCGACGAAUAAGGAAGUUGCAAUCAAAAUUAUCGACAAGACACAACUCAACCAAUCAUCACUACAGAAACUCUUCCGGGAAGUUCGGAUUAUGAAGAUGUUAUCACAUCCAAAUAUUGUCAAACUUUACCAGGUGAUAGAAACAGAAAAAACGCUAUAUCUGGUCAUGGAGUACGCGUCAGGAGGUGAGGUAUUUGACUACUUAGUAGCACACGGUCGGAUGAAGGAAAAAGAGGCGCGGGCUAAAUUUCGACAGAUCGUCUCCGCGGUUCAAUACUGCCACCAGAAACGAAUUAUUCAUCGAGACCUCAAGGCGGAAAAUUUACUUCUCGACGCCGAAAUGAACAUAAAAAUUGCCGACUUUGGGUUUAGCAACGAGUUUGUGCCGGGGCAGAAGCUCGACACGUUUUGCGGCAGUCCCCCAUACGCUGCACCCGAACUCUUCCAGGGGAAGAAAUACGAUGGACCCGAGGUAGACGUGUGGUCAUUGGGGGUGAUCUUGUACACGCUCGUGUCAGGUAGCCUGCCUUUCGACGGCGCGAACCUGAAGGAACUACGGGAACGGGUCCUAAGGGGCAAAUACCGCAUUCCGUUUUAUAUGUCGACAGAUUGUGAGUCGCUGCUCAAGAAGUUCCUGGUGUUAAAUCCGCAAAAGCGGGCAACGCUUGAGGCAAUUAUGCGCGAAAAAUGGAUGAAUUUGGGGUACGAAGAUGAUGAGCUCCGGCCACACCAGGAGCCACCCAUAGAGCUCAAUGAUCAACGCCGUAUCGACGCCUUGGUCCAGAUAGGCUACAGUCGUCAAGAGGUCGAAGAGAGCCUGCGGCAUAGCAAAUACGAUGAUGCUAUGGCCAACUAUCUAUUGCUGGGGGGCGUCGCCGAUGGCAGCGGAGCGGAUUCGGCAAGCGCGAGCCGAUCCGGUAGUUCACUAAGCCUACGGCAACAGCAAGUGGUGACCGGCAUACCUGUGGUCGUUGGCAAAGAACCAGUCGGCGGUGGACCUAAUCCACAUGCCGCUAUACCAGUUAAUGUACAACGUUCUGCAUCCGCAGCCACUAACAAAGCGGGGAUGGGUCGCCGCCUCAGUGGUAGCCCAGGCCAGCAGCAGACGACACAUGGACAAAACAAUAACAAUGCAACAGGCGACGGAGUACACAAUGGCGCUAAAAAGACGUCCAGUCCAUCUCGACCAAUGGCAGGUUCGAUGCGAGUCAAAUCGGCGGCUGGUACGGCAUCGGAGCGCGGCGAUCGUGAUAGAGAUGGACGCAGCUCUCUGGCAACUCGCGACUCCGCGGGACUCGGCCAGACGGGACACGCGGCUAGCCCGGCAGCCCACAGCAAUACUGCCACUGCAGCAAGCAACAACAACAACAACAACAACAACAACAACGCCACGACGGGUGCAUCGAGUGCCCAUCAUAAUGGGCAGUCGACGCAACGGCCCCAGCUAACUAUAACGAACAGCUCGGAGAGUGGCGGCGGAGGUAGCGCGGAAGGCAGCGGUGAGGCAACGCCUACGGUCGAAGGCAAAACAUGCCCGGGAACGGGCGGCGUUGACAGCGAAUCGAGACGCCAGCAUCACAGCGAUAAGGACGCCAGCACAAACAACAGCAGCAGCAGCAAUCACCCCAGUGGAGGAGCAGGGGGUAACCGGGAGAGAUCUCUGUCCCAGGCCGGGGACACUAAUCUACAUCGGCAAUCUACCGAGCAGCAGCAGCACCAAGGUCGCCAGCAUCAUGGUGGGCUGUAUUCUGCCUCCGACAAGGACGGCUGUACGGGCCCGCACAGUGAUGCCAGCUCCGAUCGACAGCAGGGGCGCGAACUGCUGCGGGGUAGCGGCCCUGGGUCGGGCAGGUGCAGCCCGCCGGGACUGCUACAUGCAGGCGCGGGGGGUGGCAGUACUCUCAGCGCUCCCGGGAGGGGCCAUACAAAAUGCGCUUCAGUCUGCGGGGGAGCGAUCACCCCCGUAACGCCACCCUCAAGCGGGGGUCCCUUGUCGUCGCUAGGGAACAAACCUUUAUCGUGUCUACCGACUUCUCCCCAGGAUUCGCUACAGACCAGGCAGCCUCAACCCGCCUUCCCUAGAGGCACGGCUAACCGUUCGACGUUCCACUCUGGCCAAACGCGUGUUACGGGGGUUCGAAGUCAACAACCCGAGACUCGCUGGGCCAAUCAGAGUCAGGAUACAUCGGCUGCAUCGCAUCAUCACAACUCUCGUGGAUUCUUUUCCAAGCUCAGCUCGAAGUUCAGCAAAAGAACGUUGAAUAGCGAUGAGCAGGUAAAGCCUCGAUCUUUGAGGUUCACCUGGAGCAUGAAAACCACCUCAUCACGAGAUCCCAACGAGAUAAUGGCUGAGAUUCGCAAGGUACUCGAUCGCAAUAAUUGUGAUUACGAACAACGCGAAAAAUUCCUUCUUUUGUGUGUGCACGGAGAUCCAAACAACGACACGCUCGUUCAAUGGGAAAUUGAAGUGUGCAAACUUCCCAGGCUUUCCCUUAAUGGAGUGCGAUUCAAGCGAAUCAGCGGCACUUCGAUAGGUUUCAAGAAUAUCGCCUCUAAGGUAGCCAACGAACUCAAGCUGUAAAGAAGUCUAUUCUUUGACGAAACGGCGAUUUGGUGAUACUCCCUUUAUACGGCUUGGUCCGGUACGAAGAAGAUGAAAUAAGAAAUAUAGAAAAACAUUGUACACACGCAGACACAUACAUACACGUAGGCGCACUGCUGAGCAGGGUUCUGCCAUGGUGGCCGACCCCAUAACAAAACGGUGUUACAAACAACAUAAAACGAGCAUUUCGCUUGUCACGUCUGUUUGUUACGAUUAUUCCCAUUAUUGGUACACACACGUCCAUUCGUGCCCUUGGGACGCGUUGUUGUCUGGCAUUUUCUUGCAGAAUUUCGCUUUGCGACAGAGAGGAAAGCGAAACAGAUGAGCGAAACAAGAUUGUCAACCAAACGAGCGACUCCCGGACAAUACAGUACGAAAGGAAACAACCGGAAGAACAUUAGCAGAAACAGCGAACUAAGACUUUGGUCUGAUGACGCGUUGCUGUUACCCAUUAUUCUUAUAUGCGUACAAACAAUCUAGGAUACAAAUUGGACAAGACCGUACGCUUUUGUCACUGAGAUUGAGAAGGUCUCAUGACAUGGCAUAAAAUUAUUAUAAAGAAUAGCAUCGUUAAAUAGAUCGACAGCGUGUAUAUAUAUAUAUAUAUAUAUAUAUACCCUAUUCACGUACGGCGGUAUUCAACGACAAACAGGUGACAGAAAUGACAUUACAUUGGCUGCGGUACUAAUUUAUACAUUAUGAACGUCUCUUUACCUUUUUGACAAGAACAUCUUAAACCUUAAAUAGAGACAAACAUUUGCCUACUUCCCUAGCGGCGUUCACUCCGUUGUCGGAGCUCCACUAUUAUUACUAGCAAUAACAACAGCGACGACAACAAUUUAUUAUAAAUAUAAAAGACGAACUUAUUCCAAUCCACUAUGAACGGUUGUAAACGAAGAGGGGUCCCAAAGGGGCGAUGCAAUGCGAUAGGUUGUUUUCACAAAAGUCAUGUCAAGGAAUAGAACUGUAAUAAUAAUAAUAGCAAACAAGAGCAUCUAUAGGAGAAGAGAAAUGGGAAGAUGUGACACUGAUGGUAGCAGUGAAGCGGUACGCGUUCAAUGGUAGCAACUUGGCUUUCAUAUAGGAACAGUUCGCAGAAACUGCAGAAAGAAUAACAAAUCUAGAAGAAGCGAUGCUAUAUCGAUCGCUAGAAACGAUAUAGAACGAGAAAACAGGAAAGUAUGCGCAGCGAUGGAUCAAAUCGAAGGCCGGCGAGAGAUCAUGGAGGAGUUAGCUAACUGAAACCGGAACGCUACAGGUUCACCGUAAAUGCGUCCGUCGCCCCCAAUGGCGAAAUACAACAGGCGCGACCAGCAACAGAUCACUGAUAAUAACAGUUAUUAUUAUUAUUAUUAUUAUAAUGAUCGAUAUAUCUAAUUAAACGAAGAUAGACAAAAAGUCAUACAAUAGCCAAGCAAGCGAGUGACAAUGGCCGCCGAAACAACAAUAGAGAAAGUCAUGGACACCAACAAGAAGCUUUUAGUUGCAAGUGUAAUAUUUUAGGUAGACGAACAAUUGUAUUAGAGAUGAGCUAAUUGUUUUACAAAUGAUAAUAGCAACGGUGAUGAUGACGAUAUACAAACUAUAAGUACAUACAAAUGAGAUGUGAUGCUGGGAAAAUGAUAACGAUGCCAAUAAGAGGCUUCUAAUCUCUCUCUCUUUAUCCGUUGUUUAGUUUCUCUGCUAAUUAACCUCGAGUUGAAUGGAAAUACGGCAGAACAAACGGGUCGGUGUCAGCUAUUCAAUUUGUGCCUAGCAGACUUAGAAGUAGAAGUAAUAGUAAUUCUAAUUAGAGUUAUCGCAGCUGCUGUUACUAAAUAGAAUAAAAGGGAUUAUUACUCGGACAGUCGAAGGUGAGUGUCGUGUCGUGAUCUCUGUGCAUACAGACGAUUCUGUCGUGCUCAGUAAUCGAAGCCAGUUUGCGUGAGAAGAGCAGCUAGGCAAAGGAAAAUACGCUUUAUACGAAUAGGAAUAUUGUCAACAACAACAACAACAACAACGAUGAUAGCAACAUUAUGAAGCAGACUAUGUUAGCAGUAGCUGACCCGAAAUCUCUUCCGUCAUGUUGAAUUGCAUUAUUCUACAUAUAACUCGAAGGUAGAUGUAGAUCACAACUCAAGCACCCGUCUGGAGAUCGCACUCGUGUAUCGUUCCGCGGUUCUCGUUUUUUGGUUCGGUAAACGAUUAUAAAGUAUGAUUACUUUCGAAUGAAGCGAUCCGGUAGAGCAAAGCGCGACUUAUUUUUGGUAGUGAAAAAAAUUUUAGAUCCUACUGACGUUGAACAUGUGGCCAGCGCCUGUUCGACGGUACACACUUUCACUAGAACAGCUGUGUUCACCAUAUUAACAAAGGGAAAAUAAGUAAACAAUGACCCGCGCUUCACUAUCAGGAACGGGUGGCAAGUUUAGCUGGAACAAUAUGACAAAAGGGUGGUUAUUAGAAUCGUUCACUUUAGGAGAUAAUUAUAGCAUAAUCAUUACGUUAGGGCAACUAUGCCUAGUGCUUCGUGUGCAGCGCUCCUCUGAAAUGUAAAAAUGUUAAUAUCAUAUUAAAUUCGUACAUAUAUAAAUAUUUAUAUAAAUAUACAUUGAUUAGUAAGAACGGCAAUGUAAUAAUGGGUUGUAAUAAUAGCUGACGGCUGCAGCAAAGCAGAAGCAACGAGCAGUGCUAACAAUUAUUGAAUGAGAAUGACAAGAUAAAUGUCGUAAUGUCGAGAUGCACUUCUUAAAUGAUAGUGUUACAACAAUAAUAUAUAUAUAUAUAUAUAUAUAUAUAUAUAUAUAUAUAUAUAAUAAGGUGAAAGGGAACACAAAACAGCGAAGGGACACUCAAGUGAUAGUGUAGAGAGGCACGAAGGUAUAUAUGAAGCGAGAAGACACCCAUACGGUUGUCCGCGUCGACAUUUUUUCAAACUGUCAUAACAUACCUUAACUUAUACUAGCCUAAUGAUGGUAUAAUGAUAGGAUAACAAUAAUCUAUUUGCGAUAGAUAAACACAGAUUAUCAUUCCCGCUGACGUGCAUAGUGUAAUCGAAGAAAAGGAUCUGCUACCAGCAAGUAAUACGGAAACAGCUCUCUUUCGGGACACCGCUCGCGUCCUAAAGGCAUGUGUACCUCCACCAUACGGAUUAGAUAGCUCGCACACGAAGCACUCCGCUAGCAGACGAUUCGUAGAGAGACGACGACAGGUAACAACAACAGCAGACGGGAAAUAACAACAGCAACAAAUGAAGCGAUGAGGCGCAAUUCAACAAGUUAUCCGAUUGUGCGAACACCAAAACUUGCAUAAUAUAUGCAAGAAUGGUCGUCCAGUUCAUAUUUUCACACAUUAUCCGUAGCACACGAACGGGUUGACUUCUGGUGCUCGGCCCUAUUAUUCCUAAUAAAUACGCAAAUACUUUCCUGGUGUUCGUAAAGGUAGCUAAUGUAUGUUGAAUAAAUACACGGAGAAAAUGGGUUGAGAAAAACUAUCUUGCUUUAACUCUGUCCACAUGUAAAGGAUGUUAAUGGACGGGAAAAGGGAGGAAAUGGGUUGAGGGUGUAAUUAGCGUUAGACUACAAGCAGCGACGAAGUCCGAUGACAACUAAUAUGAUUGGCAAUAUAAAUAAUUUUAUAUAACGACAUACGAACAUUAAUAUAUAAAUAGCACAAUUAUCAUACGGUAAUUUUGACGACUGCUUACCAGCAAACCUAAUGAUCAUGAUAAGCUUAGCGAUCAUUUUUACAACAAAACACAAAUACGUACUUUCGUAAUAAAUUAUAUAUUCAGGUAACAGGCGUGAGUCAGCACGCGAAAUCAAGCGUCAAGCGAAAAAUGACUAAUUCUGUUACACUUAAUGGACGAAAUAUAAUGAUUCGCCAAUAGCAGUAUGCAGCCUUGUAUGUAAGUGGGAAUCAUAAAAUCCUAUAAAAGAGUGUUGACAUAAAUGAAAUCAUAUGAUAUAAUAUAUGAGUUGUUGAUGUCGUCACUCAUGAAAAUUAACGAAAUAGAGAGGUAUAUUCUUGGCCGGUAUCACGUAUAUACACGUUAAGAGAUAGAUGGGUGGUUUUGCAUGAUUGUUACUGCUGUUGCUAUAAUAGUCGUCAAUAUGUUGGGUAGACAAACAACGAAACUAUAAACUGAAAUGGGAAGACAAAAAAAAGAAACAGAAGAACGCCGUAAUUUUUUUUAGAAAAACGGCUCAUAGGGUCAAGUAAUCAAGGGGACCGUAACUUUAACUAUUAACUAAUAUCUUUAAAUCGACUAUAAGCGAAUCAAAGGAAAAGGAAGCAAAGUUACCGAAGGUUCAAGAGCCCAAAGAACAGAAAAGGGUGCCCUAAACAGCUACCGCACAGAACAUGUACGCAGAAUUGACUCAAAUGUAGUACAAGUUAGAUCAAUACGCAGUUGUCAUUAAGAGGAGAUACUGGAGAGAGGUCGCAUCGGAGGCUAUUUGCUUGAAGUGAUCGAAUAUGGUGUUGAUUUUAGCUUCUCCAAGCCGUGUAUAUUCGAACUAUCUCUAAAUAAGUAACAUAAGCUAUAACAAGGGACUUAGAGCGCGCAUGACAAAACUCCUACAAAACCGACGGUAUGCAAGAUUAAUUUAACUAAUGCAUAAAUUAUACAAUUCAUCGGCUAAGGGACUUCAUCGUUUCGCUAAAGGAUAAGUAUAUCGUAUGGCUAAAACCGACCAGCGAUAGAAAGCGAAUACCCAGCAUAGAUGCAGGUGGUGAUAGAUGUCUUGAUGACUUCGGUUUAGGGAUAGACGAAAAGGGAAAAGACUGCUGGUGUGUGAUGAGUGGAAAUAGGAUAUGGUAAAAAAAAUUAUGAAGAGUAACAAGUAUGGUAAUACAAACAUUUAGAAUCAUAGCAAUGAUAACAAAUGAGCACUAGUAAUAACACCCGAAUUGUAAAAGUAACAUAUUCAAGAAGCAAAUGAAGAUGAAUUAAGCCACGAUUGGGGAUCGAGUUGUUGUUCGAAGCAGUUCUGGGGAAAUAAAGCUUAGGUGGAAGGGUUCUCGUCUACUUGCUGACGUGAGAGCGCCGAUUCCUGUAAUGCAGCUCGCGAAUGAAAAUUAGGAAGAGAGAGAUAUUCACACUCGGCCACACGUCCAACGCACGUAGCCAACUUAUUAUAUAUAUAUAUAUAUAUACAGAGAGAGAGAGAGAGAGAGAGAGAGAGAGAGAGAGAGGAUGAU